AUGUCAGCGCAGUCGCCUCCCGAGCCGCCGGCCCGGGUUGCGUCUCCGCCGCGCUCCUACCCAGUCCUCACGCUGCCCGCCGAGAUAACCGGGCACAUCUUCCACCACUACCUCCCGGAAUACCCCGCGGCGCCUCCCCCCGCGGGCCGCGGCUCCCCGACGCUGCUGAGCCACGUGUGCCGCGCCUGGCGGGCCCUCGCGCUGUCGACGUGCGCUCUGUGGCGCGCGAUACCGCUGCCGAGAGACCGGAAGGCGGGGUGGAUGCCCGCGUGGCUGGCGCGCUCCGAUCUCGUGUGGGACUUCGUCUGGGUGGACGUCAUGCGCGAGCACGCGCGCCUGGACGUCCUGAGCUGCGCGGUCGGCGGGUUCCAGCUCGAAGACGGGCCCGCGUGGCCGGUGCUCCGGCACCUCGAGCUGCGCAUCGUUGCGGACAGUCCCGAAGACAUGGCCGCGUCCCCGAGUAUCGACGCCUCAUCUCCUCGUAUCAAUGCGCCACUCCUGAGCUCAGCUAUCCUCUGGAGCUUCCGGUACUCACCGCGGCUCCUUCCAUGGCACCAAUUGAUGUUCAUCGCCUUGAUCGGCCAGGACCCACAUCGAUGCACGCAGGUCAUUCAGCAAACCCCCAAUCUCGUUUAUUGUGAACUGUCAUCGAGCCUUUCAGUGUCCGAUGUUGCGCAACCCGAUAUCAGCCUGCCGCACCUACAGCGGCUCAUCUUGACCGUCUAUGGCGCGGUGUCAUCUGGUGGCGCGCCGUCCGUCAAUUACCUCCACUCUUUCGUUGUCCCGGCUCUGCGACGCUUGACAGUGGACGAAGCCCUCCUCCGAGUCGGCUCCGGCAGCCGAGCCGGUCAAAUCAACGCCCUCGUCGACAAAUCGGGAUGCACGCUCGAUGAGCUGUGCAUCAUCGACCGCCGGGAAGACGGUGCAUCACUGGAACUUGAAGACGGCCCUUGGUCCGAAUCUAUCCGGCACGUCUCGCUGGAUCUGGACCGCACGACUCACAACUGGAACCACGCGAACAAGGCUGGCGGUGAGAUCGCGGACGUGGCACGGAGGGCUAUUUAUGGCCACCUGAGGCUAUCAUGA